AUGCCAAAACGAAGUGCGGAAGAAAAAAUCGAGCGUUACGAACGCAAAAUUAGAAAAUUACGUGAACGCGAUGUCGCACGACAUCGCCGAAUACGGGUCAUAUCAUCACAAUCUUCCAAUAAUGAAGGUGUUGAAGACGCCGACCACCCUGAACGAAACCUUAUAGCUAACACGAAGGACCUCGGGAUUGCUUCAGGGCAGAGUCCCACAACACCUUAG